CUUGCUUCUUCCCAUCUGCUUUUUUAACCCAUCUAGCAAAGCCGUUUUUUAAACCAUAGCGUCGUCCAUAGCAUAGCACUAGGGUUUAAAGUUGAGGAACUAGCCUUGGGAUAUAAGGCAAGGUCCAAGUGCAUUGUGAGCAUUGUGUGGCAAGUUGUUGGAAUUGUGAGAGCGAGAGACCAGCUGGUAGCAGCAGUUCCGUUCAUGCAGAUUUCGCGGCUCCAGUCGCACGUGAAACCUUAUAAUAUCGUGUCCUGCCUUUGAAGGUCGUGCUGUGACAGCGAGCUCAACGUGAAGCGCCAACCUGAGUUUGUUAGCACAAAAGGGCGCAGCUGCUUGGGAAAUCACACGGCUUUAAUCACACCACCUGUUUCCUCACUGGGCAGCUCAGAAUGGCAACUACGAUGCUGGCCACCAGAAAAGACUCCAAGUUGGAGCUCUCAAAUGAUCCCGUCGACGUAGAAGAGGAUCAUGAAUUUCAAGAAGGCAUUGUUUAUAUUGGCGACAGUCCUGUCAAUGUGGUUAAUAAAAAAGGACUGCAUAUUGACACGGACGUCACCUGGUUGCGAUCAAGCCAAUCCUCCUACGGUACCAAUUCCGCGGCUGAUGUGACCAUACUUUCCACAACCUCCACCGAGAGGACUCAUGUCAAUGAAAAUAUCCAAUACCCAGGCACUGAGCAGGAUAUUAUUUCUGAUAAAGCGCUGCACCUCCAGCAGUGUGCUAAGGACUUGGACGUGCUCCCUUAUGGCACGAGUCCCGCAGAUUCGUUCUUGACUGCGUGUGAUGUGCUAGAUGAAUAUGGGGCACCAGUCGUUGAAGAGCUUCAAUCUUCCAUAAAAACCCAUGGGAUAAUGAUAGCAAGUGCGGAACAAGACGCGUCGCUUCCUGAUGCAGUUAACGUCGACAGCAUGCCGGUGACUCUUACUCGUAGGCAUUCUGAUCAUAAGCGUAACAGACAUGCGCCCCUGGUCGAUCCUGCACCGGAAGAAACGACGGCUAUAGCAUCUGAAUUAGACAUGGAGCAGGAAGAGUUACUACUGCCCGACGAUAGUGUGAUUCAUGCGGCAAUUUUUGCGAAAGAUCAGACGCCUCUGCUACCAGUUCACCUACUAAGGAAAGACUCUGAGCAUGUCGAAGCGUCGAGACCACCAUCAAAUACUGAUAUCGAAAACGACAGCGCCAAAGAAGACGCCACAAACUUCAGUACUACCGACCCAGCAGCAAAAAAGCUUGCUGCAGCCAGUACUGUCGAGAAUGCAGACCAUAUAGAUAAAGUGGAUAAAGGCAUUCAGACAGCACAAACGGAAUCGUCCUUGCUGACUGCACGAACGUACAUGGCUCAUCUUUCUGUGGACUCCAGAUUCACGACCAUGGAGUUGAACAUACCUAAUGAAUCGCCGCCUGAACUUCCGAAUCGGACACCUCUACAGAAUGACACAAAACCUGAACUAUAUGAAGUCACCGGUUACAACAAAUAUGUCCUUCCGUCCUUGCCUCGCAUACCACUGGAGAUUCCGUUUCUUGACUCUGAUGCAUGGCUAGAGAAUUACGCACCCAACCGGGAUAGUCCUCAGCCGUUAACCCCAACAAGGGAGUCCUGUCCCUCAACAGUGACACCAGUAGAAGUUCUACUGGAGGAAGCUCUAUGGACUGCUCGUAAUUGGGUAGCGGUCGCUGAAGGUGCUUCCGCCCCUGCCGCUGGCGGCACGACGCUCAGCCAAUCCCAUAGACAUUCUACGAUCCCCCGAGAUUUUAAGUAUGGGGAGGAGCAACAGCAAAAGGCAAAUCGCAAAACGUUGAUCAAUUGGGGAAAGAUUAAACGAGUCUUUUCCGCUCCGGUCCGCUGGCUCAAGCAAAACAGCGUUCGCAAUGUUGCCCGAGUAGCGGAUGAUGAUGGACCACGUCAAAAACGGGAGUCGGUGGCUCCAGUGAGGCCAUUGACGAGAUUACGAGCAAAUGGACGAGGAAACUCUGGCGUCAGUCCCAUUGAAAGGAUCUUCUCCAUUCGUCGAGGAAAGACUGAAACCGGUGGAGAGGACACCGAUGGCGGGUGGAAAACCCUUUGGAUUCGUCGUAAAAAUAGCCACUUACCCCGCUGGUGGGUGACAAACAAUAUCAGUGUGGACAGCUUUGGUCAGGCAUCAGUGGGAAAUGUUUCUGUCAGAGACUUGACCCCCGAGGCCGCAGUGGAGUAUGCUCGAUCCGUUCAUCGAUUCAGCGAGCUCAAGGGUUCUGUCCUACGGCUUGCGGAGCCAAGCUCGGAUGUGGAAGAUAGUGAUGAUUGCGCGUACUCAAAGCUGUCAACGCCGAGACCUUCUGUAUCUACAUCAAGACACAGAGCAGCCUUGGAGAGCUUUACAAGUCUAGAGUUACGAGAGUUGUAUGGUGAUAUUGUUGUCAAUGAUAUGGGAUUCGAUGCGUUCAUUGGAAAAUGGGUCUUGGGUGCGUAAGUAGCAGUCCACCGGCUGGUCCGGAAGGCUGUUUUAAUUUUAGUGAACACGUAAUGUAGAAGUAGGAGUGUUACCGAACAGUAGUUAUUUUGCCUGCC